AUGCAGCAGCGCCUCAAGGCUAAAAAGAGGAGGGCAGCCACUGCCCGCCGGCAGCACCUGAAGAGUGCUAUGCUCCAGCUUGCUGUAACUGAAAUAGAAAAAGAAGCAGCUGCUAAAGAAGUGGAAAAGCAAAACUACCUGGCAGAGCAUUGUCCUCCUCUGUCACUCCCAGGAUCCAUGCAGGAACUUCAGGAGCUGUGCAAAAAGCUUCAUGCCAAGAUCGAGGCAGUGGAUGAGGAGAGGUAUGACACAGAGGUGAAGCUGCAGAAGACAAACAAGGAGCUGGAAGACUUGAGCCAGAAGCUCUUUGACCUGAGGGGCAAGUUCAAGAGGCCACCUCUGCGCAGGGUGCGCAUGUCUGCCGACGCGAUGCUGCGGGCCCUGCUGGGCUCCAAGCACAAGGUCUGCAUGGACCUCCGAGCCAACCUGAAGCAAGUCAAGAAGGAGGACACUGAGAAGGAGAAGGACCUCCGUGAUGUUGGUGACUGGAGGAAGAACAUCGAGGAGAAGUCUGGCAUGGAGGGCAGGAAGAAGAUGUUCGAGGCUGGCGAGUCCUAAGCACCUGCCUCUCCAUACCCACCUUCUGCUCCCUCCUGUCCCCACCAUGUCCCCUGGGCUCCAGGGCACCUUCUGGGUGCUGCUUCUCCCUGGAUUUGUGAAGAGCUGCGUGGCAGCAGCAGUGUAAAUAAAGCUUUGGCAGGAGA